AUGGCGGAGAGAGAAAGUCUCGAGCUUACUCCUCGUGAGAAGCUCCGGCUCAUGAAGAGCCCGCUUAUCGAGGAUGCUUCCGAGCGGCGAGGGUCAGAGCAACCGAAUCUCAGCGAGUUUGGGGAUCGCUUCAGCGACCCUUCGAUACAGUUUCAGAGGCAUGAAGAGGCUGGCAUGCUAGAGGUGUUUACAGACCUUUUUUUCGCCGCAAACUACGUCGUCUUUUCAAAGGAGCUGGCAGUCACCAGUAUCGACCGACUCGGAUCUUAUGCCGGAUACUUCUGUAUGUUGUGGAUAAGCUGGCUUGUCGUUGGACUUUACGAUGUUAGAUUUGUGACGGACAGCAUAUUUGAACGACUCGUCCGAGCUGUUCACCUUGGAGUGUUUGUGGGAUUCGCAGUGGUCGCCCCGAAAUUUAAUCCAAACGACCAGGACCUGUCUUCAAUGAAGGCAAUGUCCCUCAUUCUGAUGGCCUCUAGACUGGCCUUGGCGAUCGAGUAUGCCAGUAUCCUAUGGCAUCUAAGAAAGUUCAAAAACUCCCACCUCCCGUUCUACAUCCAGAUGGCGAUCCAUUUCAUCGCAUCAAUGAUCUAUCUCGGCAUUACAUUCCGCUUCAGCGAAGACAAACAGAGCCGUGUAUUCAUCACGUGGUACGUCGUUGGCGCCAUGGAGGUUGUCUUAACCCUUGGGCUAUCGCUUGGGUUCUCUGUUCUCAGUCUUGUAAAGACUCACUUGAUGAACCGCAUGAGUCUUUUGACGAUUGUGAUUCUCGGCGAAAGCAUCGUUGCUCUGGCUGAGAAAGUGGUUAUUGUUGUUGAAGGUCCCGAUGCAUGGGAUGCUGCUACUAUUGGAAUCUUGACUGCUGGCGUGGCAACAACAUAUAUGAUCUUCUUGAUCUACUACGAUUGGAUGAAAACAGCCUAUCUCCCCCCUCUGCGCCAAAUCGUAUGGACGCUGCUUCAUUUCCCGUUCCAUCUCUCACUGGUUCUCUUCAUGCAGGGAUUCACCCAAUUCAUUCAGUGGUCUAAAGUGAUAGAUGUCAUUACCCACUUAUCGGUCAACUGGAUAGUCGAGGAUCCUAGCGCACUCGAAGAUACCACCAGUGUUGAAGUGCAGAAGAAUAUCACAGAGGAGCUCAGCGAGUUUUUCGAUCUGUAUCACCCCGAAUAUUCAGAUACAAACGACCUCAUCAACGAUGCACUCGCCAACAUCACGGAAAUUCCUAAUUCCUUUUGGUCCAAGCUGUCAAAAGCCGAGGUCGAACCGGACUUUAAUCUGCCGAAUGACACAACCACGGAUCUGUUUCAGAAUAUCAUGGAUUCCCUCCAGACGGCAAUGUACAACAGCAUAUUUUCAACAUUUGAAAUCGACCUUGAAGGAGAGAUUAAUAAAGAAAACGAAGAACAAGGCAUUGAAGAAACCUCCUCCAAUGCCCAGUUUGCAUCGCAAGUCUCGGACGAGACAUUUGCGCGCUAUGAGCUUGUGUUCACCUAUGGCUAUAUCGCGGCCGGACUCUGCUUAGCACUCAUGACCCUCUUGGCAGUUGUUGCCAGAGUGACUCCCUGGAAGCCCUGGCCGGUGAUUCGCACAAUCGUCAUUUUCCUCCUGGCUAUCGGAAUGGCUCUCGUUGCACUGCUCAAGCUCAACGACGACAAGUUGACCACCUUUCUCAUCACCCCGUGGCUGCUGCCCACGCUCUGUAUCGCCUGGGCCGUUGUUCUCGUUCUCACGCAUGUUCCCCACGACGCCCCGAUCUUCUUCAAACGGCACGGCCCUAUUCCCAUGCGACGGAGGUCUCGUGAGGAUAAAUUGAGCAGCGAGUCCGAACAUGCUCAGCCAAUGGUUAGCAAUAUGGAAGGGCCAACAUCCUACACUGGAGCGACGGGAAUGCCUUAUGAAUAUCGACCUGCGCCUCAGCCUCAUGCUGGCCAGGAUUAUGUCUAAUCGGGGCGCUGGAAGUUGAAAAGCAACCGUGCAGUUUUUUCUUUUCAUUAUUUUUAAGAACGGUGAACAUAAAGUUUCGGAGCGGCUUGCACGUAAUGUAAUAUUAGAAGAAAAUAUGCGCGAGCGAGCGGAAGUUUAGAUACCAAUUUGUUGAAAGCGCUAGAUUUGUAUAUAUAUUUAUUCAACUUUAUUCAAUUGUAUGUUCAUA